AUGGAGUCCCCUUACCAACUUUUCGUGUUCGGAGACCUUAACUAUGAUUUCGAACCCAGCUUGGUAGCUCUCUGCGGAUUGCAAGAUGAUGCACAGCUCACAUCGUUCUUUGAGCGCAUUGCAUUUGCCUUGCGUACUCACAUCAGUAGUCUCCCUCUAGCAAAGCGGGCUGCAUUCCCUAAAUUCACUACUUUGAGUGAGCUCCUCGCCAAGUUACGAAGCACCGAUGCUGUGCAUCCAGCGCUCCAGCAGGCCCUCAUAUUGGUGCUGCAGUUUGGCUCCUUUAUAAACCAUUUCACCCAACCAGGGCGCGUAUACCCUACCCAUGCCGAUACUCUUUUGACGGGGCUAUGCACCGGUCUUCUGACAGCAGUCACAAUAAGUUGUUGUUCCUCCCUGUCUGAAUUGGUCCAUUCUGCGGUCGAUUCUGUAGUACUAGCUUUCCGAACUGGUCUGCUUGUCGAGGACGUCCGGGUGAGGAUUGAACAGUCGGCCAGCAAAAGAGACAGUUGGUCUGUGGUUAUACCUGGACUGGAAGAACAUGUUGCCAUUGAAGCCUUGAAGAAGUAUAUCGUUGACAAGGGUAUUCCACAAGCGUCAAGCCCGUAUAUCAGUGCCUACGCCCACAAUGGAAUAACACUCUCCGGACCAUCUAGUGUGCUGGAUGAUAUUCUAUCAUCUGGAUACUUGACGCGUUCGUCUGGACUUAAGACACGAAUCUACACACCCUUCCAUGCACCGCAUCUUUAUGAUGAGUCUAAUGUCGAGGAGAUACUACGAACUAUCUCCAGGGACCGCACUGAGCUCCAGUCCAGUCAAAUUGCUGUUCAAGCUAGCCGCGGUCGGAUAUCUCCUGGCACUGGUAUGGCAUCAUUACUGCGCGUUGCAUUAGAGGAGAUUCUUCUGCAACCCCUUCGUCUUGACACUAUCUUGGAAGGAGUGACGGAGGGGAUACUCAACACUGGAGCGGCAACAUGCAAGAUCGUUCCUGUUGCUACUCCAACCACCAAGACCUUCUUGACCGCCGUUAAAACUGCUGGCAUCCAGGAUGUGGUGGUUGAUAGCUCCAUGAAUGGACCCAGUACCCCCGAGAUCUCCAUGGUGUCCGAAAGUGGGCACCUGGGGAGCUCCAAACUCGCCAUCGUGGGCUACUCAGGCCGAUACCCCGGUGCCAACAGCAACGAAGCUUUCUGGCAACUACUGGAAGAAGCCCGCGACAUGGCCAGUAUUACACCCAAGCAACGAUGGGACGUCAAUACACACGUUGAUCCCACUUUGAAGAAAAAAAACACCAGUGGUACCCCCUUUGGAUGUUGGUUGACCAACCCCGGCCUCUUCGAUGCCAAGUUUUUCGGGAUGAGUCCCCGCGAAGCACCUCAGGUGGAUCCAGCCCAGCGUUUAAGUCUGAUGACUGCAUAUGAGGCGAUGGAGAACGCAGGCAUGGUAUCUGAUGCAACACCUUCAACCCAGCGCGACCGAGUUGGUGUGUUCAUCGGUACUACCAGUAACGACUGGGGAGAGACCAACAGUUCCCAAGAUGUCGAUACCUACUACAUUCCUGGAUCAUGCCGUGCUUUCAUUCCAGGUCGCCAAAACUACUUUUAUAAGUUCAGCGGCCCCAGCUAUAGUGUCGAUACGGCGUGUUCGUCGAGCUUGGCAGCAAUGCAUCUUGCGUGCAAUGCGCUGUGGCGUGGAGAUAUUGAUACAGCUAUUAGCGGCGGGACAAAUGUCAUGACCAAUCCUGAUAUCACAGCUGGUCUCGAUCGCGGAUAUUUCCUUUCGCGAACUGGCAACUGCAAGACCUUCGAUGAUGAUGCUGACGGGUAUUGCCGGGGCGAAGGCGUGGUCAGUAUGGUCAUCAAGCGCCUGGAAGACGCAAUCGCUGAUAACGAUCCCAUCCGUGCCGUCAUACUGGGUGCAUACACCAACCACUCUGCCGAGGCUGAGAGCAUCACCCGGCCACAUGUCGGGGCCCAGAAAGCAAUUUUCGAGCGCAUAUUGACUACCGCUUCAGUCGACCCAGCGACGGUCAGCUACAUCGAGAUGCAUGGAACUGGCACUCAGGCUGGAGACGCCCGUGAAAUGGACUCUGUGCUUUCCACCUUUGCUAAUAAGCCUCGUCAAAAUCCGAUACAUCUCGGAUCGGCGAAGGCCAAUGUCGGCCAUGGCGAAUCUGUCUCUGGAAUCAUCGCCUUGACAAAGGUUUUGAUGAUGAUGGAAAAAAAUGCGAUACCGCCUCACAUUGGCAUUAAGACCAAGAUCAAUCACAGGUUUCCUACCGAUUUGGCGGAGCGGAAUGUCUUCAUUGCCGAUAAACUCACUCCCUGGGUAGGGAGUAAAGAUCAGCCUCGACGCGCCAUGGUGAAUAAUUUUUCGGCUGCAGGAGGGAACAGCUCUGUCUUGGUAGAGGACGCUCCCAGCUGGACUAAGUCAAAAUGUGCUGAAGAUGAUCCCCGAUCAUUCCAUCCCGUGGCUGUCUCGGCAAAGUCCCGGACAGCUCUUCUUGCUGGCAUUCGGGAUCUCAUCUCCUACAUUGAGCGCGAGAGCCCAUCUCUCCCAAGUUUGGGCUACACCACGACCGCUAGAAGAGCACACCAUCGCUAUCGGGUCAUGGUCAGUGGGGCAAAUCUGAAGGAGAUUUCCGCUCAACUGGAGAGAUGCCUCGUUGAGCCUGAACCCCUAUCGGGACCAAGGGUCGCCUCAUCGGUUAUAUUUGCCUUCACAGGGCAAGGAGCUCAGUAUCCAGGCAUGGCCCGAGAAUUACUUAGCUUCCCGUCUUUCCGCAUUGAUAUGGAACAGUUCGAUCGCAUCGCGCAGAAGCAAGGCUUCCCGCCAAUCAUUCCUCUCAUUACCGCUACCAACGGAGAGAUAACGGACUUCGAGCCCCUAGUCGUGCAACUGGCGACGACUUGCUCCCAGAUGGCAAUGGCUAAGCUCUGGCGCUCCUGGGGUAUUGAGCCAGCUGCAGUUAUUGGCCACAGCCUGGGCGAGUACGCAGCCUUGAACGUCGCCGGUGUUUUGUCAGAUGUGGACACCAUAUAUUUGACCGGCAGACGGGCACAACUUCUUCAGGAGAAAUGCUCCCGUGAUACGCAUAGCAUGCUUGCAGUGAGUAUUUCUGUUGAUGAUGCCAGCAACCUCCUGGCUGGUCUGGAAGUUGAGAUAGCCUGCAAGAAUGCUCCGACGGAGGUAGUUUUGAGCGGGACGAGCGUCGCCAUAGAUCAAGCUGAGAAAGUACUCAACCAAGCAGGUGUCAAGAAGAUGACCAGGCUUCGCGUGCCUUACGCAUUCCAUUCAACGCAGGUUGACCCAAUUUUGGAUAUAUUUGAAUCGGUGGCCGCUGGUGUGCAAUUCCAUAAGCCCCAGAUUCCUCUGCUAAGCCCCUUGCUUGGCCACGCCAUUGAGACAGAAGGCAUCAUCAACCCGCGCUACCUUGCUCGUCACGCUCGUGAGCCUGUUGACUUUUCGAAGGCCCUUCAAAGUGCCACACUUGACAGACUAGCCACCGACAAAUCAGUUUGGAUCGAGAUUGGUCCCCAUCCUGUCGUCGUCGGUUUGGUCAAGGCCAAUCUGGGCCCCGUCGCCGUACUACCUACCCUUCAACGCAAGAGAGAUACAUGGAAGGUCUUGACUAGCACACUGAGUACACUCUAUGCAUCCGGCCACACAGUUCAAUGGGGUGAGUACCAUAGAGAAUUUACUAGGUCUCUCGAAGUGCUUCGUCUGCCGAACUACAACUGGGAUCUCACAAAUUACUGGAUGCAGUAUGUCAAUGACUGGUCGCUGUACAAGGGCGAUGCUGCUUUCUUAUCAGGAGCGAAAGCACCCCCAUUGUCUACGACAUGUGUGCAUCGCUUGAUUGAGGAGAAGCAUGACAGUGCUGAGAUCACUGUCGUUGGAGAAUCCGAUCUCCUGCGGGAUGAUCUCGAUCCCUUUGUACGAGGACAUCGCGUCAACGGUGUCGCGCUGUGUACACCCUCGGUCUAUGCUGAGAUGGCACUGGUCCUUGGUGACUACAUUCGCAGUUCUAGCCCCAAAUGGACUGAAUGCUUGGUUGACGUUCAACACAUGGACGUGCAAAAGCCACUCGCGGUCAAGAGCAAAGGGAACGGCCCUCAGCUUCUCCGCUGCCGAGUUACUUUAGACCUCAUUACCGAGAAGGCAUUGGUUCAAUUCUACAGUGUUACCCCUGAGGGUAAGACUUUGGUCAAACAUGCGGAAUGUUCAAUCACAUUUCCCUCCGCUGCGGACGCCGAAGCUGCAGCUCAGGCUUCUGCGAAGGAAAUACUAAAGCACAUGACUGAGCUUCGUCAGGGUAUUGAGGAUAACGACAGGGUGCAAAAGUUGGCCGGUAGUACUGGGUACCAACUCGUUUCCUCUCUGGCAUCUUAUGAUGCUGAAUACAAGGGAGUCAUAGAGGUAGUAAUGGACAGCAAGAAUCUUGAAGCGGUUGCGAAAGUCAAUUGCAACCCAGUCACUGCUCAUGGCCCCAAAGUUGCCGGAAGAUACAAAGUCAAUCCCUAUUUGAUUGAAAAUUUCGGUCAGCCUGCACUUUUCAUCAUGAAUGCAAAUGAUCAUGCCGACCUUGACAAAGAAGUUUUUGUGAACCAUGGAUGGACGUCCCUUCACUUCUACAAAGAGGUGUCGGUCGAGAAGAUCUACCACUCCUACGUUAAAAUGACUGGUCCUAAGGAAGACGGAAUGUACAGUGGUGACAUGACUGUUUUCGACGGCGAUGAGGUCGUUGCCUGCUUCCGCGGUAUCAAGGCCCAGGGUGUCCCUCGCCGACUGAUGGAUUACAUCGUUCGCAUGAGAGAUGAUACUCAGGUUGGCUUGCCCGGACCUACCAACAGUUUGCAACCGGUGCGACCGGCUAAUGGCACCACCCAAAACGGGGCGGCUGAAGCAGCAGUACAGGCCCAGAAUGGGUUAGUCGAAGAGCCUAGUCUCUCGUCUUGGUCUGCUGCACUAAAGAUCAUAUCGGAGGAGAGUGGUGUCCCAGUGGCUGACUUGACAAACGACAAGGCUUUUGCUGAUUUAGGGGUGGAUUCGCUUCUUUCUCUUCUGUGCGCAAGUCGAUUCAGAGAGGAACUGGGUCUCGCUCACGAAUCCACCAUUUUCGAAGAUUAUGCCACAGUGGGUGAGCUUCGCGAUUUCUGGAAGCAGGGAACAACCUCUACGGGCGAUAGAUCCAUUGUGACCGGCAACGAUGCAAUUCUUGACUCCAUGUUCCACCAUGACAACAUCCAGGAUGAUUCUUCAACUUCGCCUAGUACACCAUACGAUUCAGGCUCUUCAGUUGAGGAGGGUAACAUUCCUACUCCUUUGACUGAAAUACUGGCCUUUCUUGGCAAGCCCAAUGCCAAAGCCAGCUCUCUCCUGUUGCAGGGGAAUCCUGCUUCAUCCACCACCAGCAAGACACUGUUCCUUCUCCCUGAUGGCUCGGGCUCAGCGUCGUCGUAUGGAUCACUCCCAACCAUUGACCCUUCCCUUGCAGUUGUUGCUCUCAACUGCCCAUACAUGAAGGAGCCGUCAUCGUACCCAGUCGGCAUUGAACAUGUCGCUAGUCUUUACGUCAAGGAGAUUAAGCGUCGUCAACCAUGCGGUCCAUAUGCUCUGGGCGGCUGGUCAGUCGGUGGCAUUUUUGCUUAUCACUGUGCCCAGCUGCUAGCUGAGGAGGGCGAGGUCAUCUCCGAUCUCGUGUUACUCGAUUGUCCAGUUCCACGUGGCUUGGAUCAUCUCCCCAAGAGAUACUUCGACUAUUGCGAUAAGAUUGGUCUCCUUGGAGUCGUCCACUCCGGGACUGGUGAACGCAAGGCUGUACCUCCAUGGUUGAUUCCACAUUUCGAGGCAUGUGUUAACAGUCUCCACGAUUAUCAUGCCUCUAUAUUCGAGCCAGAGCAUUCGGCGCCCACCACACAUGUCAUUUGGGCCUGUGACUCGAUCGACGCACAUGUAGAUGACAAGUUCGAGCAUCGCGACGAUGAUCCAGAGGGUCUCAAAUUUUUGACAGUGGCUCGGCAAGAUUACGGACCCUGUGGUUGGGAGACGUUAUUACCUGAGGCCAAGAUGCGCUUUGCACGGGUUCGUGGUGCCAAUCAUUUCUCAAUGAUGAAGGGAGAUCUGGCAGCAAAUCUGAGCGAAAUCAUCAAGCAUGCGCUUAUGGAUUAA